AUGAUGCCUGUCGCUUUCCAGGCUGCUGUGGAGUUGCCCAGGGAAUCAUAUGAAUAUGAAACCGCAGAGAUCUGUCUCACCAUGAUCCUUCUUCUCUCAGGGGAGACCGAAGAGGCGAAAAAGUCUGGCGCUAAGCCGGCUAAGGACCGGACCCUGGCGUUGGUGUUCCCUGUUCCGGUUCGGCUGCCAACUCUAUCAGCUCCCACUUCUCGAUGCCAAGUGUCUCUGGAGGCAAGCAGGAAGGAAACAUCUCAAUGGAUUCAGACGUCACCUCUCGUGAUUAUCAAUUGGACACCGCCUGGGCAAGAACCAAGACAAAACCACUCGAAAUAUGGAGAUCUUCGGGUGUUCGAGACUCAAAGCCUUCCUCCCGGUUGCGACCGGCUGCAGUCUGUGACACUGCGAAGGAACUCCUCUCCGGGCGGCCUACCCCCCCGGGGUGGUGCUAUCCAAAAGCGGACAAAGAUCUCAAUGGCACAUUCAGCUUCUAUUUGCGUCCUGCAGCUGAAGCGGCAAGAAGCUUCGCGCACUGGUAUCCGGGGAAAGCUUAAGUGGUACGGAGGAUUGCUCCGUAAUCGCGGAGGAAACGGUGGCGCAAUUUCUUUGAACGGUGGACCGUGCAAUGGCCGGGUUGGAGGAAGCGGGAGGCCGUCCUCUGGAGGGGAAAGAGGAAGCCAUGUACUCCGUACCAGAAGAUUCUGUAGAUCGAUGUUCGUCUCAAACUUUUGCAACAAGCAAGUGACAAGAAUCCAGAAAGUCUGCACCCCGAAGCUGCGGGACAUGCGCAUACCGACAUGGUCGAAAUAA